AAGGAUCAGAAUUUUUGGUUCAUUCCCAUUCUAGGUUUCAGAAUAAUAGUAAAAAAUUGAAGUAAUAGUUUGAACAUCCCUAAUUACAAUUUUGUGUCUGAGUGUCUGCUGCUUAAAUUAUUUUACGUGAAAAUACAUGCCUGGUUCUCUCGUACCUUUACCCAUUGUACAAACUUUUGGCCAAAUAUGGUGUUUUUUUUUCAUAUUCAGCGAUUGUGUCAAAAUAAUUACUACUACAUAAAUGUUGUUUUAUUUAUUUCAAUCGAUAUUGAGUUCCUUUUGUGAUUGUAUUUUAAUUAUUUCAUUUGGUAAAAUGUGUCAGAAUUUUUCAUUCAUAUGUUAUGCGUCUUUUUAUAGCCAACGACUUCACUCUCGUGGAUAAAAUUGGUAAUCUGUAUCGACGAAAUCAAUCCUAAUUAUUAUACUGUCCCUCCAGCUUAAUUUUUCAGUUCCUGAAUUGAGAGAAAUAUAAAUCAUGUUAUUUCAAUUUGAAAUAUUUUCUGAAUACAAUUUAUUUUAAUAAGUGUGAACGAGGCCUCAUGGUCAAUACGUAUAUAUAACUUGCAAUAUAUAGGGUGGUCCUUAAACUCUUUAAAAUCGCGAAAGGAAUAUAUCGAUACCAUAUAUUAUUUUGGCCCUCACAGAUAUAUUGAAAGAAGUAAAAAUACUUAUUUAAUAAUUAAUGAUUAAAAAACAACAAACCUGUUAAGAUAUAUUGAGAACUGACUUCAUAACAAAAUUUAAAUUGUAAAGAGACUUUAUGGAUACCCUGUAUAAUUUAGAAAUCUUAUCUUCUAAUAAUCUUGAGUUGUUUAACGGUGAAAAAAGAAACUGAUUUGAACUGCACUUUAUUAUGUCUGGAUUUUCGUUGGCAAUAAGAAUAUCAGACUCAUUUAUGUGGGAGUUGUUUAUUUAAUCGGUGAAAUUAGGAGAUUUUUCAGAAACUGCCUUUGUUAGGACUUAUUUAAUUAUCAUAAAUGUUUUGUUAUUGUGUCAUCACUAAUUUCCUGAUAUAUUGUCCUUCAUUUAGCAUGUCCUAGGCUAGAAUAGUGGUUCCCAACCUUUUAUGGCUUGUGGCUCCCUUUCGGAGGCUUUUAGCAAUCAUGACCCCGCUUCAUCAUUUCAGUGGUAUUUGCAGUGUUAUUUUGAUUGGUAGAUUCCAAACCCGAUCAUGUUCAAACAAUUUAUGCGCAACAAAGUGAAAACACCCUGUGAAAUAACCUUGUCAAGCCAUGAAACUGGGAAGAACGCAAGGGAAAGGUAAAAUCAAUUUUGCACCUGGUUUUGUGGCCUUUUUUGCCUUGCUCUCCCUUGGAAAGCCUCCAAUUGGGAACUGCUAGGCUAGAAUAAGUUGGGCCAAUGCCCCAUCUUUUUAACCUGAUCCUUGAUAAACAGAAUUAAGAUAACAGAUUGUAAUAUUAGUUAUAGAGCAGAGCAAUAACAGAAUCCAAUAUUUCUUUGUCUUUCUAUUUUGUGUGUCUUAUUAUUUCACUGCUUUUAUUUCAAACCGCAACAUUUUUUCGUUGUCAAAUAUUGAGUGUGUUUUAGGACACAUAUGAAUUUUUUUCAUUCAUGACAAUGUAGUAACUGAACCAAUAAUUAUUGCAUAUUGGUUUGAUUAUUAGAAAUCAAGGUGCCACCUUGGUAUGCGAUCUUAACGGGUGUGAAGUCUCAUUAAUUUUAGUAUUAAGCUGAUUUUAACUCCGGCUCAUUGGGUAAUUCAAUCUGGCCCGCCCGAUGCUGCCACAACCAAAGUAAAACCAAAUUUUGAUGUUUCAAGCUAAAAAAUAGCUCAAGGAAUUUGAGAUUGCAAUAAAAAUUAGUUUAAGCGCGAGGCUUUUUUUCUUUUGUAAUACUGUAAAUAUAGUUUUACGUCACCCUUACAUGGCCCUCCAGUCUAGCUGGGCAAAACUUUUGGCCCGUUGUUCAAAAACCUUGGCCACCCCCUGUUCUAACCCAACGAUGAUAGGAACUGGAUUCUAUGAGGUCUUUAUGCGAUUUAGAUCAUGUUUAGCAAGUGAGAUCACGAAUUAAGUAGUUUUAUGACACUUAGAUCGCAUACCAAAGUGCCAUCGGAUUGCAAAUGAUUUGAAUUAAAUGUUGUGGGAUUCUGAAUCAGUGUAUUGGGUCUAUCUUGUACAUUGGUAUGUUUUCCUGAUUACAUUCUCAUUACUUGUAGAUCUAGCAUCAAAUAUCUUGAAAAUACAAGAUUCUUUUAAUUCAAAAACCAAUUCAUUUCAUUCUAAAGUUGUAAUAUAUUUAAUUUGGCCAUUUAUUUAUUAUGGACUGAUUGUUUCGUAUUUAUUCUUGACCGAUUUAACUUUGCUUGAGUAAUUUGUUAUUCUGAUAUCUAUGUUGGAUAUUAAAAAUUGAAAUGGUCUCAUGUUUCGUUGAAAAUUUUUGAUUCAACUAUAAUGUAGUAGCCCUAUUCUAUUAGUAAUGAGUAUUUUAGUCAUAAAACUGGCUUUAAUAAUUUUUUUUUUCAUCUAAAUUCUAAUAUUGUUCAAUUUAUAACUUCCUUCUACACUGGGAGGAUUCUUAAUUCAUGAUUAGAGACAUUUUCUGGGUAAAAAGUGGCAGAUUGAUUUAAGAUGCUGACACUCUCAAUGAUAGAAGUCCAAAAAGACUUUCCAUUAAUUCCAACCUUAUAAAUUUACUCAAUCUCAAUGUUUUAAUCUUCUUAAUUGAACAAAUUUGGUUGGCGGAAACCAGUAUUGGUUCACAUAGGCUGACCCUACAAAUCGCAACACGCCGUACACACCUAUCGCAGCAAAUGGUUGCAUGAGAGAAUUGAUGAAAAUCAUAAUGCUCUCAUAAGCAGAAUUUUUAGUGCCCAUAUAAUUUGGCCCCUUAGUUUGGCACUUUUUUCUUAUAGUUUUAAAUUUGGCUUAUAUGUGAAGAUAUAUGGUAUGUUAAAUUAGUUCUUGUAUCUCAGCCGCCUUUUUUCCCAGUCUCUCUUUCAGUGCGUGAUAAAGCCUGUCUUUCAUUCAUCCAUGUUCGUUGCAUACAUAUCUAUGAGAAAGGAUUAUCAUGUUUUGUGUUUUCUUUUCUUGUGUAUAAAUAGUUUUUCUUCUAGUGCCAAUGGUAACUACUCUGCUUUUUUUUUUGUCAAGGCAGUAAAGAUGAAAUCAAUAUAGUUUUAAAUACCAGUAAAUAUUUUGAAGUAUGUCAGACUAUGAUACUUCUGAUGAUUGGAUAGACUGGAAUCCCAAUGGAAUUCCAUCGACCGAUGAUGAAACAGAUAAUGAAGAUAUUCAAUCAGAUAUCAGUGACACAGAUUCCAAUGUAAUGUUGCUGAACCACGAAAGGCAUUUACAACGCAGAAACGCCCUCCCAAAUAUUCAAGACUCAAGUGAGAUUGAUACUUUGGAUCAAAAUGAAGAAAAUAUCAUUUCAUCAGGUGAAGAAACUGAUAACGAAGAAGAAGAAGAAAAUAAUGGUGAAGAAGAUUUAUUAUCAAUUGCAAGUAAUGGAUAUAGAUCAGCAGACAGUCAGCUAAUUGGACAGACAGCCCCACCAGAAACAACAACAACCUCAAGACCUCUGACCCCCGUGCCAUCCACAUCAACAAAACGUAAGCAAUCAUCACCUCGACCUAAUCCGAGCCCAAAGAAAACGAAAGAAUCGUCGUUAUCUCAAGAAGAAGACGGAGAUUGUUGUCCAAUUUGUUUUGAACAUUGGUCAAACAGUGGAAAACACAGACUAUCAUCACUGAAGUGUGGCCAUCUCUUUGGACAGAGCUGCAUUGAAAGAUGGAUGAAAGGUGCAAAGAAAUGUCCGCAGUGCAAUACAAAAGCCAGGAAAGCUGAUAUCAGGGUUUUAUAUGCAAAAAAGCUGACAGCUGUCGAUACAACGGAAUUAACAGAGGCUACUACAGCCUUUGAACAUGAAAAGAAACUGAGAAGGAACAAGGAAAUGGAAUUGGCCAAAGUACAAAUGCAAUAUCAGAUGGCAAUGACUGAAUGUAACAGAUUGAAGUCACAGUUGGAGGAUCUCAAAAACAUGUAUGCGUCAUCAACAUUACCAACAAGAGUGUCAGGAAAGACAAAUACAAGAUCACGAGCGGAAAAAAAGUUCUCACACAUCAAAAAUGUUUUAAUAUCUUCCACUGGAAAUUGCAGAGUCAUGGAUUAUCAUGCUGAGUCGUUGUCUCUCGCUAUAUCUCAGCCAAGUCCACACACAACUUUUAUGCAAGGUUUUGGAUUGAAAAAAUUUAGUGUUUGUGACAUGAAAAGCAGUCAUUUCAAUAUUCUUCAUUCCAAACCAAUCAGAGAUGUCAGAUUUUCACCUCACAAUAGUUUUGUAUUGACGGCAUCUCAAGAUGAAACGUUGAAAAUAACAAACUGGGAAAACAAUUCUUCUGUUCACACAUACAAACCUCAGAAACCUGUGUGGAGUUGUUGUUGGGAUAUGAAGGAUUCAAACCUUCUCUACGGAGGAUUGAGUGAUGGAUCGAUAAAAUGCUACGAUAUGAGAAACACGACUGAUGUUUUGCAUACGAUAUUAAACCCAGUAUCAAGGUGUCCAAUAGUGUCUUUGUACAAUGUGUCUCAAACUUCAGAUUCUGAAACUUCAACGAACGGUCUUCUUUCACAAACUUUCAAAAACGUAACUUUCUGGCGACAGUCAACUGAAGAAUUAGAAUAUUCUCCACAUUAUUUACCUCUGCAACCUGGCAACUGCGCUGGACUUCAAUAUUGUGAUAAUUUAAAACAAUGUUUGGUCACGUUCAGACCAGGACAAUCAUAUACUUGCACAACACAUAUUCUCUGUCAAAUGGAAUUCAACAACUCAAUGAUCACAAACGUGAUAGAAACAUAUAAUGGGGGACAAUGCCAUAAAAUGUUGACAAGGAAUUCAUUAUUCUCAACCAAUUCGUCAAAUAACUUAGUCUGUGUGACAGAUGAGGGAAAGAAUUUAGUUAAUAUUUAUGAAGCACAAUCAAAAGGAAGUUUAAUUCAAUCAUUAUCAUGCAGUGGUCCAGCUUUGGAUAUAUUACCUAUGAAAAUCAAUGAGAAACAACUUUUAGCAACUUUAUCUGAUAAAGAACUUAAAGUAUAUGAGCAGAAAUAAGCGCUUUAUUCAAACAAGACUUUGUUUCGCCAAUCGCUGCAUUUUUGCGAUGAACCAUGCUAAUUGUACUUACCCUUGGGCUAAUAGUUUUUCAACAUAUCAGCCUUUUCCUGACAAUUUCAAGUCUCAUGUUAGCUGGCAAGUUUAAAUGUAUGACUCUCAUUGCGCCAGCAAUAUCUUGCAACUUUUCAGUGGGGGUUCAUAAUUUUGCUGUGUAGCUUUCUUUUCAGAGCAGGUUAUCAACCAGUCUGAAACUUCGCUGAUAGCUAAACAUUUUUAUUACUCAUAUUCUAUAAGGUGUAGCCGAGAGCGUUGUCAACCUCUGUCUAAUUUUGAAGUAAUAAGUACCAGUAUUUUACCCUAAUUUUUGUAUUUGAAAAGUUUGCCUCCACAAAAGCUCUACUUUCCACUAUUCAAAACACAUUUUGCUUUCCUAUCUUGCCUAAUUUGUAAUACCAUACCUCUUUUGCCUUUUUAAGAUCCUUCAGUCCUGCCGCUGUACAUAGAAGUUCUCGCUUUGGUAGUUAAUAAUAGGUAUAGAAUAUAGGUGAUACUACAUACAAAGUAUAAAUUCCUUCCAUAAAACAAUUAAGUUCCUACCUUGGGCGGUAUUCCUCUCUGGUUGAAAAACUUUGGUUCAACACCCAAAACUA